AUGACGCAGAUCACGAAUGACAUUGAGUAUCCUGGAGAUCUGAGAAAUACCAGGAGCCUGUUCACAAUCGCCGUGGACAUUGGAGGCUCGCUCGCCAAGGUCGUGUAUUCCCCGGAGGGAUCGGAUAGGCUUAUAUUCGAGGCAAUGGAAACAGAACUGAUAGACGAGUUUGUGCGGUUGUUGCACAGCAUCAUCGAGCAUCACAACGGCGGGUCGCAGAAAUCGGCCCAGGUCAUCGCGACAGGCGGUGGGGCAUACAAGUUUUACGACCUGCUGAAAAAAGAAUUUCCAGACGUGAAAUGCAUAUCGCGGCAGGACGAGAUGGAGUGUUUGAUACGCGGACUCGAUUUUUUCAUCCACGAGAUCCCAGAAGAAGUGUUCACAUACAACGAUAUCGACGGCGAACAUAUCGUGGUGCCGGAGCACGCGAAGAUCUACCCAUACAUGUUGGUCAACAUCGGCUCCGGAGUCUCGAUCUUGAAAGUUGACGCCCCGAACAAGUUCACGCGUGUUGGAGGUUCUUCGCUGGGCGGCGGAACGCUGUGGGGGCUUUUAUCUCUCAUUACGGGCGCCAAGACGUACGAUGAGAUGCUCAGCUGGGCGCAUCGCGGCGACAACACAAAUGUGGACACACUAGUGGGUGACAUAUAUGGCACAGGAUACGACAAAAUUGGGCUCAAACCGACAAGCAUUGCGAGUUCCUUCGGAAAGGUGUUCCAGCGAGGUGCCCAUUUGCCACACGCGGGCGCGAUUGCAGACGGUACAGCUGUCAACGAGACCACAGAUGACUCGGAACUAACGUGCACCAGCGAGAUUCUGACCAGAAACAAAAAAUUUAACCGGGCGGAUAUCUCAAAAAGUCUGCUGUACGCAGUGUCCAACAACAUAGGACAAAUAGCGUACUUGCAGGCCAAAGUGCAUAAUGUGCCAAACAUAUAUUUCGGUGGCUCCUACAUCCGCGGCCACUUGACGACAAUGAACACUUUGAGUUACGCCAUUAAUUUUUGGUCCCAAGGACAGAAACAGGCAUUUUUCUUGAGGCAUGAGGGCUAUCUUGGAGCGAUGGGUGCGUUUCUAACGGCACAAGAGACAUCCACCUGA